AUGGGCGACACAUAUUCUUUAGUUUUGGUCGCAGGUUACCUAUCAAUUUUUUUAUUCAUUGGAGCAAUAGGUUAUUUUUAUUUAAGUAAACCAAGAAUACCCUCUUCAAAUGUAAAUGAACAACAACAACAACAACAACAGCAACAACAACAACAACAACAACCUCAGAUUAAUAUAGAAGAUGAACCUCAACAACGUGGGGGUAUUGGUCGUAUGAAUUUAAGAAAUAGAAGACAACCAAUUAUUAAUCAAAGAGAUGAAGAUACAGAAUCUAGUGGAAGUGAUAGUGAUAAUAGUACCAAUAGCGAUAAUUAUGACGAUGACAAUGGUCAAGAGGGUGAGGGUGAGGAUAUUGGUGUAGUUGCACCAGGUAUUGUAUCAAAUCGUUCAGGUAAGAAAAUUGGUAAAAAGAAAUUAGAGAAAUUAAAAUUAAAAGAUGAAAAAAGAAAAGCAAGAGAGUAUCAAGAAUAUUUAAGAGAAGAAAAAAAGAAAACAGAUUUAGAAAAAGAAGAAGCAUUAAAAGAAAAAAGAUUAGAAGAAAAAGAGAAUGAAAAAUUAAGAAAGGAAGAAGAGGAAAGAAUUCGAAUAGAAAAAGAGAGAAAAGAAGAUGAAGAAUAUAAUUUAUUAAAAAGUCAAAUUUCAUUACAAGAAUCUGGAAUCACUAAAAAUGAAGAUUAUGAUAAAUCAUUAUUACAAUUAUUUAUCAAAUAUUUAAAAGAACAUAAAAUUUGUUUAUUAGAAGAUAUUGCUAUUGAAUUUAAUAUAAAAACUAAUGAAGUAAUUGACCGUAUUAAGACAUUGGAUAAACAAGGUUUAAUUUCGGGUGUAAUUGAUGAUAGAGGAAAAUUUAUUUAUAUCACUAAAGAGGAAAUGGAAGCUGUUGCAAAAUUUGUAAACAAAAAGGGAAGAGUCAACAUUGAACAAAUUGCAUUGGAAAGUAAUAGAUUAAUUGAUUUUUCAAAAAAGGUUGUUGACAAUAAUGAUCAAGAUCCAGUGGACACAAACUAA